GGGCGGGGCGGCGCGGAGAAGCGGCGGGCGCGAUGCUGCCACCCGCGGUCCGCCUGGUGCCGCUGGGCCGGGCGCCGUACGCCGAGCUGCUGGCGCUGCAGGAGCGCUGGCUGCGGCGGCUGCAGGCCGGGCCGGGCGCCGGGGCCCCGUCGGGCACGGAGGCGGGCGCGCUGCUAGUGUGUGAACCCGCGGGGCCCGUGUACACGGCCGGGCUGCGGGGCGGUCUGACGGCCGAGGAGGUGGCGCGGCUUCGGGCUCUGGGCGCCGAGGUGCGUGCCACGGGCCGCGGCGGCCUGGCCACCUUCCACGGCCCCGGUCAGCUCCUCUGCCACCCGGUGCUUGACCUCCGGCGCCUCGGCCUGCGCCUGCGCACCCACGUGGCGGCGCUGGAGGCAUGCGCCGUGCGCCUGUGCGAGCUGCAGGGCCUGCCCGGCGCCCGCGCGCGGCCCCCGCCCUACACCGGCGUCUGGCUCGGGGAGCGCAAGAUCUGCGCGAUCGGAGUCCGCUGUGGAAGGCACAUCACAUCCCAUGGCCUGGCUCUGAACUGUUCCACCGACCUCAUAUGGUUUGAGCAUAUUGUGCCCUGUGGCCUGGUGGGCACUGGUGUCACCUCCCUGAGUCAGGAGCUCCAAAAGCAAUUCACUGUGGACGACGUCAUGCCACGAUUCGUUGAGGCCUUUCGAGAGACCUACAAGUGCAGGCUCAUCUCAGAAGACUCCCCCAGCUAAAGAACUGGUCAUCUUCCCAUCUCCUCCUUCACUCACCCUGGAGUAUGGAGGCAGUUUUGAUCUCUGAACCUUUGUCUCCAUCAGUAUUCUGCUUUCUCUCUACCUUCCCCAGCCUGAUUUGAUGUUUCAGAUCUACAUCAAAGCUCUAUAAAGACAAGGCAUUUGUUGAUUCACUUAUAAGGACAAGGAUGCUAGUGAUCCAUCAUCACAGCUUCGAGAAACUGGGAUGUCAUUUCUCAACUAUUUAUUAUUUCUUCAAUGUGGAUGUCAAUUCUCAAAUAUUACUUCUCCAGUUUGGUAUUUAAUUGGAUAAGUCUGGGCAUAUGUUCCUUGAUUUUGUAGGAACAUGGCAGCCCAAUUAUAGCUGAUCUAAUGAAGUGAUUUUUCUUUCAAGAGCUCUGCCUUUUUUUUUUGUGGGGGGGCAUACCUGGUGAUGCUCAGAGUUACUCCUAGCUCUGCAUUCAGGAAUCACUCCUCAUGGUGCUCAGGGGACCAUAUGGGAUGCCAGGGGUUGAACCCAACUCAACUGCAUGCAAGGCAAAUGCCCUACCCACUGUAAUAUCUCUCUGACUCCUCAUUCUCAAGAUAUCUGGAUGCUCUCUGCUAUAAAAGGAAAGAUCUUUAUAAAGGGGAAAAAAGGAGAGGCAAAAAUCAGAUCCUGUCUUCCUGGUUGAAAUUCCCAAGCCAGGUAGCUCUUUUUCAUGAGGUAACCUGAGCUAGUCCCAAGACUGGGGGAAAAAGAUAAAAUUUUCUCACAUUGCACAAGUGCCAAAGAUAAGAAAUAGUUUUAUUAAGGAUGUGAAAUCUC